AAAAAGAAAAGCCUCAUAAAAAUUUGGUGCUCUUUGGAAUAAGAUAAUCAAAAGAUAAAACCUUUAAUUAAACUUUUCUAUUUUCUCCCCCUUUUUCAUUUCUUUGUAUAGAGGCAAUUGCAGUUGAGCUCUAGGGUUUAAGAAAACGGAGAUGGCGAUGACACAGUGGUGCAGCGCAGCAGCGCGGAGAAUGCUGACGAUAGCUACGGAGCAACGAAUGGCAUAUUCAUCAUCUCCAGCUGCCACAUCAGCGGCAAUGGGAGGUCCGAUUCUGUGCGGACGAGGAGACAAAAGGACGAAAAAAGGGAAGAGAUUCAAAGAUUCAUAUGGGAAUUCGAGACCCAAAAAGGAGAAGAAGAUUGAACGGAUCAAGGAUAAAGUUGAGGUCCCCAGGUCUACCCCUUGGCCUCUUCCUUUCAAACUCAUCUGAUUUUAUUAAGCGUUUUAUUUUCUGUACCCUGAAAAAAAAAUCGAGUCUUUUGUUCCGUUUGCAAAUCCUCCGAUAAGAAGAUUUAUGGGUUUUUUAUGAAUGUUGAAUGUAUUUACUUCUCAAGACAGUGUAGGCAGUUGUGUUUUAAUUGUUUUGUUUAGCUACCAGGUGUAUUCCAAUUUGCAUACAAAGGUAUUAUCAUAUGGCAAAGUAAGAUUAGGAGUUGUAGGAAUUAGGAAUAAGAGCUGGAUUAUUUGGUUAUUUGAUGUCAAAACUCUACUAAUUUAACUAUGCUCGAUCCCAAAUUAGUUGACGUCAGCUGCA